UGGACGAAGCGCACGCUCGAUGCGAGGCAGCGCGUGCUUUCAUGCGUGCGGUGAUCGGAAGAAGCGGUACCAGGACCACGGCCAGUCCUGGACGUCCACGUCGUCCUGGUCGUAGGCGUCGCCGCGGCGAUCUGCCCCCUCGGGGCUGCUCCGGAUCGGUUCGGAAAGUGGUUACGGACAUUGGAGUACCGCCGUCAUCGCCGUCAUCGCCGCCACCGCUGCCGUUGCCGCUGUCGUCGGUCGCCGCCGUCACCGCCGCCGCCAACCACGCGGCACACGCACGUAUACACGCGCGGCGAGCACGUGAGAGCGACGGAGACGGACUGCUACCGACCGCGACCGAACACAGUCGAGGAUCCGCAAUCGUGGCUCGAGGCGUCCUGGCGUGCAGCCGAUUGGUCGACGGCCCGAGGAAGUGGUCACCGCCGACGAGAUUCAGACCGGGCCGCCACGUGAGUCGAGCGCAGCAUCGCGAGAUAGGAUAGGGGCGCGCGCGCGCGCGCGCAAAUUCCUCAACCCUUAUUCGGGACACCUCCGCGACCUCCCGCGCCCGGAAAAACGAUCGGCGAUCCCGAGCGCGGAUCAUUAGCCGCCACCUCGGUGAGGGACUCGGCGAGUCGCGAAGGCGGUUUGCGGCCCGCUACUUUGUGUUUUGAUGCGCGGUACCGAACGCGCGCGCAAAACUUGGAGAACGCGAUGAUGAGUUCGGUCCGAGAGGAACGUAUUGAGAGAAAGUGAAGGGGGUGACGCGUUACUCUUUAGAGUUUGGACAGAGAUUGACGUUGUUUCGGGAUAACGCGGAUCUUUCAUUUUCGAUGAUUUCAUCGUAAAAGGGAGAUCGUUAAAUAAAGUCAUAUAUCAUUGAUUGUCAUUUUCAUUGAUGUAGCGCUAAUUUAUGCGAGUGGAAAAGAAACUUGUAUAAUGUAACAUCGUAUUCACGUGACUUUGAUUAUUUGUCGAGUCAUUCGUAAUGGAAAAGAAGUGUAGUGUCUUUAAUGAUUUUAACGUCGUCUAGAGAAUCUUUACAACUCAUCUCGAGUAUUUCUUGCACGUUUCGAGAGACGAGACAUCGUUUUCAACUUUGUGCUGCAUUAGAGUUUUGACAUAUUUGUGCAUUACUCGUGUGUAUAAGUUGACAAUAUGCGGCCAGAAUCUUUCUGACCGAAUUUGACGUUUCAAACUCCUGGAAACGGAACAUAUAAGUGCGACGCGAUUCGACGCUUCGACUUUGCCAUCGAUUUCUUAACGCGGUCCAAGAGGACCGACACGUUUUGACGCCGUCAUCGUACUCGCCACGUGAGUGAUCGAUCGUUCGCGACCUAGGACAACGUCACGCGCGCCGUUCCUUCGAGCAUCCAAAGAGACGCGUGUUUCUCGACUCGUCCGGAAACGAAUCCGUGCUACGAGUUCCCGGUGAGGAAAGAAUCAAUUCGAUGAGAGCGAUAAUCGGGAAUCGACGAGAUUCGAGUCGGCGCCAUUUUGGAAAUUCGCGCGAAAAUCGUUUCUGGGAACAAGCGACAGCUUCGGUCUGAUCAUUUCGAGACUGAUUUCCUUUUCGCAAUUACCGAUACUCGUCGUCGAGGUAAUAAUCUUGCUGCGUUUUACGUGCCGUGUCUACGAAGGGGCGACGAAGAGCGCGCGCGGUGAAACGCGUCGAAUGCGACGAGCGAUUAUAUCAUUAACUUGGAUUAUCGGCGUGACGUGAGCGUGGAAACGAUUACGGGAUUUGCUCGGUGAUUAUUACCGAGCACAUCCGGAACGGACAUUUCAUAAGGAUUUUGCAACCAUCCGCGAGCUAUUGACACACGUGAGACGCGUAUAAGUUGUUGGUGGUUCGCGUAAUAAUCGAGAUCGCAAAUCGUGCGAAUAUUAAAGACUUCUUACAGAAAGUAGUUUUUCAUGCGUCCAACGCGUUAACGCAUCACAGAUUAAACGGGACGAUGUGAUUCGUCGAGGAUCGCAAUCGACUCAAUCAACUCAAAAUCGACGAGAAUUCGGAGGAAGGGAAGAAAAAUAAGUAAAAAGGUGGUGUGGUGCGCGCGUGCUCCGAGGAAGUGACGAGAAACUCCAGAGUCGCCUGCGGCCGCGAGAAAAGUGUACCGGGCAUUUAAAGACUAUCGCAACUUGGAUCAAACUGGAUUCGUGUCUUGGGACGUAAGGAAGUUCGAAGGAGCGUAGAUGAGUUCUACUGUCUACGUCCUCGAUCGACAUUGUGUGCUACAACCCGGCUGUUGCGCAUCGUGCCGAACGAGCUUCCAGUUCUAUGCUGGCGAACUUAUUCGGUACGACCUGGGCUUACGUCGGGGUAGCUAGUGAACCCUCUCUCGGUGGCGAAAGGAAGAAUAAGACGGGGAGGCAAUCGGCGAGUAAGCGGGCGAGUCCGCGUGGAAGAAGAAGAAGAGGAAGUCCGGAGAACGCAGGCGCAGGCACCGUAGGUGAUGUGAGGCUGGCGCCCGCCUCACGUCUGGGGUGAUGCCCUCCAGUGAGCCUCAUCCCCCGUACCACCUUCAGCACCACAAUAUUCCUCCGUCGCAUCUACAGCAACACACGCCGAGCGCGAUCGAGCAUCAGUUGUUUCAGCACCUGGUGGCGGUCCAUCAACAGCAGCAGCAGCAGCAACAGCGACAGCAGCAACACGGCGGGCCCUUUCAAAAUUCCACGUACACGCAGAAGCAGGAGAUGAGCCCGGAGGAGGAGGGGGGCCGAGGGGGUGGGUCCCCCCCGGCGGCUGGGGCUGCGUUACAUCAGCCCCAUCACCCCCGCACGGCCAGUCCACCUUCGGGCACGGAACCCUGCACCCGCGACGCGAUACCGACACCUAUACCUAUCGCGGAUACCACCACCACCACCACAACCACUACUAUGACGAUGCAAUCGCAGGGUCAACAGCAACAGCAAGGCCCUAGUCCGAGUCCGAGUCCGACGGGCGGCGACGUGGAAAAAUUCGACGGUAAAAUCGUCUACAAUCCGGAUGGGUCGGCCUACAUCUUCGAGGGCGAGAGCGAGCUGAGCGAAGAUGACUCUCUACCCGACGGUUGUAUCGUGGACGGGCGCGGUGUAUCGGUUCCUCACUCCUUAGUUUUCCCGCAAAUCGCGAACGCAUACUAUGUGUCGCGGUUGUACGCGCAUCAGGCCUACCAGCAGCAGCAGCAACAGCAACAACAACGUUCGACGGUCCAACAGCACAAUCCCGAUCUUCCCGUGAUGCACAGUUACCGGGUGAUCAGUUAUAGGAGCGCGGAAGGUAGUAAACAGCAACUUGCUCCAAAAUUCACAGAGCCACCAUCGCCUGCAUCAGUACCCAUCAAACCUAUCUUAAUGUGUUUCAUAUGUAAACUCAGUUUCGGAUACGCGAAAAGUUUCGUUGCGCACGCUCAGGGCGAGCAUCAACUUACUUUAAUGGAAGACGAACGACAGAUACUCUCGCAAUCGACGGCAUCGGCCAUCAUUCAGGCUGUGGGUAGAGGAAAGCAGCCACUUGUUAGUUUCCUAGAGCCUGUCACGAAUUUGGCUUGCGCUCAAGCAUUACCACCGCAAACACAAGGUCAGCAGCAACAGCAGCGUAACGAGACCAACGAACACGAGACAACGACAACGAACACCCCAGCGAGCACACCUGGCGUACCUAGCAGUCCUCAACAACAACAACAAUCGCAACAGACUCAGCGACCCUCGCCAAGCACUCCCACAACGCCAACGUCACACUCGAAUCAUCCUCUCACAUACAAUCAUCAACAGCAUCAAUGGACCGGCGCACAAGUUAGCGCCGUCUCUUGGGCCAAGGCUCCUGAAAUGCAUUACAGCUCACCACCGCCAUCGGCUUCGUCGGCUAAAGGAUCUCCAUCUUCGUACGCGCUUACUCAUCCACAGAAUCCGCCGAGUUACAGCGGCGGUACUACGAUAGGUGUUUGUGCGGAUCAUAUGCAAGGCAGGCCGAGUGGAGUGGAGUGCGGCAGGUGUGAAUUAAUAUUAGCUACCAGUCGACUCGCUGGGGCCACUGGACCACUCGCUGGCAUCCACAGUCGAAACUCUUGCAAAACUCUGAAAUGUCCUAAAUGUAACUGGCACUACAAGUAUCAGGAGACCCUCGAGAUACAUAUGAAGGAGAAACAUCCGGAAAACGAAACAUCCUGUAUAUAUUGCAUCGCAGGUCAGCCGCAUCCUAGGUUAGCGCGUGGUGAGACCUACACUUGCGGAUACAAACCAUACAGAUGCGAGGUAUGUAAUUAUUCUACCACGACGAAGGGCAACCUCAGUAUACACAUGCAAAGUGACAAGCAUCUGAACAACAUGCAAGAACUGCAGCAGGGUAGCGGAGGUGCCUCCGCUACCAGCAACCCCUCUUCGUCUCAAGACACGCCGUUGCCGACACGGAGCCCUCACCAUCAGCAGAAUCACAAUCCACAUCUGGCCGCCCAGAGUAGUAAUCAGAAUAAACCGAAGCAUUCGUUUCGCUGCGACGUGUGUAACUACGAAACGAAUGUUGCGCGGAAUCUGAGAAUACACAUGACGAGCGAGAAGCACACGCACAACUCGCUCGUUCUGCAUCAGAACAUCAAGCACAUGCAAACAUUGUCCGUGUUGUCCCACCAUCAUCAAGCGCAGCAGCAUCAUCAGCAGGCGCAACAGCAUCAACAACAACUCGAACAAUUGCUUCACUUAGGCGGUCUCGACAAACCGCAACAUGCGGAGGCGGCAUUAGCUGAUAUGGCUUACAAUCAAGCGCUUCUGAUACAAAUGAUGACCGGCGGUCCACUGCCACAACAGCUUCCGCCUGAAAUCAUGGCGAAUAUGGCUGCCAUGACUAAUCUUGGCGGCGAUGUUGGACUUUCGCCGGACAGCAUGGAACCACCGCCGGAACCUGCGGACCAGGAUCCCUCUCAUCUCUAUCACUGCUGUGUCUGUAACAACUUCGCGACGGAUUCGCUCGAGGCUCUAGGUCAUCACCUAGCUGUCGAUAGAACGAGAACUCGCGAAGGCGAGAUACUUACAGUGUUAAACGCACACUUCAUUUGCAAACUCUGUUCCUAUAAAACCAAUCUGAAAGCGAAUUUCCAACUACACUGUAAGACUGAUAAGCAUCUGCAACGGCUGCAGCACGUGAAUCACGUGAAGGAGGGUGGUCCACGCAACGAAUGGAAACUCAAAUACUUGGCGUCACCCACGAGCGCUGCGCAAUUGCGUUGUCACGCGUGCGAUUACUAUACCAACAGCGCUCAUAAAUUGGCUCUACACGCCGCCUCGCCCAGGCACGAAGCCGCGGCGCUUCUGCUCCGUCAUCUUAUCGAGGCGAGCAACAACAUCCAAACUCCUGGAAAAUUAUAUCACUGCGCUCUGUGCGUAUUUAGUGCCAAGCACCGAUUGCCGCUCCUGCAACACGUGAAAUCUAUGCGACAUUUUCAAAUGGAGCAGUUACAUCAGCUUCACAGGAGAAGCAGCCUCCAAGGAAACGAGACUCCGCACACGGAUAUCAGCGACGUGUUUCAGGUAAUGAGCGAUCCCGAUGUGCCGCCCACGCAACAACCGAGUCCGACCACGCCAACGACACCCAACGCUACGAGCACCAACAAUGAACGACGAGAGGAAGGUAGUGAGUGCGGUAGUGAAGUGAAACAAGAACCGGAUAAUGAUCCAGAACCGGAAGUAGAGCCGGAGAAUGAUCAAGACGAAAUUACGUGCCUAUACUGUACGUAUCAGCCGACAUCGCGAGAAGAAUUACGACAACAUUUGCAAGUGGCUCACAUUCAUGAUUCGGAAGAGAAAACUGAAACAGUGAAGGAAGAGCCGACGCCGGAUUUAUUAUGCCCCUUGUGCCAAGAUAGUUUCAAGGAACGUCCCGCUCUUGAGAAGCACGUGAUGCAAAUUCAUUCUGUUAAUAGUGAUGGCCUGCAAAGGUUAUUAUUGUUAGUGGAUCAAAGUCAUUGGCUGAAUAACAAUCCGAGAAAUACUUCAACGCCGGCUGUAACAGUUGCAACGACGCCAACAUCGCCCACGACAACGACGAAACCCCAUCAGGAAGAAGACAUGAGCGAACGGAGUGGCAACGAUGAUAUCGAGGAACUUACCAGAACUGUGUGUACUGUGUGUGGUCGAACUUACCGUUCUCCCGAAGAUCUUCAGCAACAUCAUAGAGAAAAUCAUCCAGCUACUAUGCUCACUUUAGCAGUUAGCGAGAAACAUGUUUACAAGUAUCGUUGCGGACAGUGUAGUCUCGCUUUCAAGACUUUGGAAAAGGUUCAACAACACUCCCAGUAUCACGCGAUCAGAGAAGCAACCAAAUGUACCCUCUGUGGACGAUCUUUUCGUUCGGUUCAAGCACUUCAGAGACACUUGGAAUCUACCCAUGAUCUUCAUGAAGACGAGUUAGCUCAAUAUAAACAGAACUUAGUUCACAAUCCAUUGUUUCAAGCGCUCACGGAAGAAACGUUGAAGAGGCAAAGCAGUUUGAUUAGCGAGCAAAAUACGGAAGAUGAAGCCGGUAGAGGUGACGAAGAGGAAAGUGAUGCUAGUGAUUCGUCCCCAUUGCAGAAAGAGCAACGUCUACUAGAGGAUUAUUUAAAUAGCCAAACAAUCGCCGAAGAUUCUUAUCAUGAUCCUAGCCGAAAAUUCAAGUGUCACCGCUGCAAAGUAGCCUUUACACGUCAGAGUUAUCUUACUGGUCAUAAUAAGACUUUAUUGCAUCGCAAAGGUGAAAAAAUGUCUUAUCCAAUGGAAAAAUAUCUGGACCCUAACAGGCCAUAUAAGUGUGACGUUUGCAAAGAGAGUUUCACGCAAAAGAACAUACUUCUCGUACACUAUAACAGCGUGAGCCAUUUGCACAAGCUAAAACGAGCGAUGGCACAGGAGCAAGGUAAUAAUAAUACGUUGAUCUCGGUAGUACCUCCAGCCAGCCCAACCGAGUCGCCUGAUUCCCAGCAGGAUCAGGACAAGAAACCUUACAAAUGCAACAUCUGCAAAGUCGCAUAUACCCAGGGUAGUACCUUGGAUAUUCAUAUGAGGAGCGUUCUUCAUCAAACGCGUACUAGUAAAUUGCAGGAUCUUGCAGCCAGUGGUCAAGUAGAUCUUGCUCGGCCAUUGAUUGAACAACCAUCACCGACAAGUCCAACCAGUUCACCCGUUAAUAGUAAUGCUAGUAAUGCAAGCGGGAUGCUUUGCUGUUCGCGCUGUAGUGCUUUAUUUGUCAGUCAGGAACAAUUGGCAACGCAUCAGCAAUUAUAUUGCAUUUUUAGUAAUCCACUGGCAUUAUUUCAACAAUUGGCAUCGCAGCAAUUGACUUCAUCUACUCCGGCUAAGACACCACCUCCUACAUCCACAACACCAGGACCGCAACAACAUAUGCAACAAGCCACGCAGCAUUCGUCGCAGGAUAUUCUCUCUCAACCGCGACACAAAACUUCACAAAUGUACAAACAUCUCCUAGAGAGUUUCGGCUUCGAUCUCGUAAUGCAAUUCAACGAGAAUCACCAAAGACGACAGCGCAAGGAGGAGGAAGCAGCUGCUGCUCUCCAAGCGCAGCAAGAACAACAAAAGCAGGAGCAACAGAAGCAAGCUCUCGCUGCUCAAGCCGCGCAAGAGAAAGAGGAAGAAGCCGAAGAGACUCACAUCGAUGAUGACGUGAUACCCGAACUUACACGCAGCACUUGCCAGCACUGUAACAAAGAAUUCAGCAGUGUUUGGGUUCUGAAGGCUCACUGUGAAGAGGUUCAUCGCGAUCUUGUACCACGUGAAUUUCUCGAAAAGUAUGCACAGCAGUUCAAGUGCGAAUACGAGAAGAAAAGCGUAGUAGUGACUGUUGCGACAUCUUCAUCGACUAAUACGGCACCGAGAAGUUCCACGCCCGCUGCUGGGCAACCACAAGAUCUCAGCUCUGAUAAGGAAUCACGCGAAAAAGAAAAGGAAGAAAACACUGAAUGCAAGGAACGCAUCAGCCGAACACCAGAAGCCACAUCGACCACUCCAACGACGACUCCGGCAUUGAGCAACACUCCCGUUUCAAGUACAGAUUCUGCGACACCGACUGUAUUGCCUACCAAUUCACACCAUAUUCCACAACAACAGUCACAGCAGCAGCAACAACAGCAACAGCAUUCACAACUCACAUUUGCUCAACAAAUGUCCGAAAUGCAAGCUGCUUUGAACGCAAUGGCGGCGUCACAACUGCAACAACAUCUGCAACAAUAUCCAGGAUUGAUGAUGGGAAUGAUGGGAUUACCAUUUUCAUUGAACGCUGUACCCGCUUUAGCAGCCAUGAAUUUACAGCCACCUCUAGUGCCAAUGAUGUUACCACCACCACCGUAUGAUGGUGCUGCCGCUGCUGGAUAUCCACCAAUUAAUCAAGCGGAUCUUCUUGCUAAGCAGCAUCUUGCUCUUCAGCAACAACAGGCAGCAGCAGCGGCGAAUGCAGCUGCAUCACAAAAACGAGCGCGUACGCGUAUUACUGAUGAACAACUAAAGAUAUUGCGCAAGAACUUUGAUAUUAAUAAUUCUCCUGGUGAGGAACAAAUUAUAGAAAUGGCCGGUCAGAGCGGUUUACCGCCUAAAGUUAUAAAACAUUGGUUCCGAAAUACGUUAUUUAAGGAGCGACAACGUAACAAAGAUAGUCCUUAUAAUUUCAAUAAUCCGCCAAGUACCACUCUGAAUCUCGAAGAGUAUGAAAAAACUGGUGAAGCGAAAGUCACUCCAUUAAACACCAGCGUAUCUGGCAGUUCCUCCGAUGAUAAAAGCCCAAAUAAACAAGUCACGCCUCCGCCAUCUAUGCAAAAUACGAGCACGUCGCAACUUACCGAGAUUAAGCAGGAGGCACCGGAACAAUCACAGUGCCAACAACAACAACAACAACAACAAAUUCAACAACAUCAAGAGGAGCAGCAUCAUUCCCCGAGUAGCUCGGGUGGCCAACAAUCGCGACCACAUUCACCUGCACUCAGUAUGAGUUCUAUACUUUCGGGCAUCCAUCAUGAUAUUUCGUCCCAUCCCCCAUCAACCACAAACGCCCCGAGUACUCCGAUGUUACCACCGAAAUUGGCGCCACAAAAUUUUGCCAAUCCCAGUCCAGGAACAGGUAAUGUAGUUUCGAACGCGAUUGCUGCCAUGGCACUUACACCGCAAAGAUCUUUGAGUCCGGGUCGUGGACCAACGGAUUAUUCUUUCGGCGGCAAUAGUAAUGGUAGCAAUGCUUCCGGCGGUAGUUCCGGAAAACGCGCCAAUCGAACGAGAUUCACUGAUUAUCAAAUAAAAGUUCUUCAAGAAUUUUUCGAGAACAAUGCGUAUCCGAAAGAUGAUGAUUUAGAGUACCUCAGCAAGCUUCUUGGCUUAAGUCCGCGCGUAAUUGUGGUGUGGUUUCAAAAUGCUAGACAAAAGGCACGCAAAGUUUACGAGAAUCAACCCGCCGCCGAGCCCGUGGCAGCGGGUGGACGCGAAAAUGACGAUGGUUCCGGUAGAUUUCAAAGGACACCGGGAUUAAACUAUCAGUGCAAAAAAUGCCUGCUAGUAUUCCAGCGAUAUUACGAGCUUAUACGCCAUCAGAAGACACACUGCUUCAAAGAGGAAGAUGCUAAAAGAAGUGCGCAAGCUCAGGCUGCAGCGGCUCAAGUUGCCGCAGUUCUGAGUUCCGAAGAUAGUAACAGCAGUUCUACUACAACUACAAACAACACAGUAGUCAACAAUCCAUCGACUGCUCCUGCGCUGACCGAACAAUUACAACAACCGUUGAACACCGCCACGCCUCCUCAUCAGCAGCAGACAUUGUCUCAAACGCAUCAACAAUCCCAGCAGCAAUCGCAACAGCAGCAGUCGCAACAACAACAGCAACAAUCACAAACGGAAUCGAAAGAAAGUAGCUAUCAGUGCGAGAAAUGCAAUUUGGUGUUCGGACGAUUCGAGCUUUGGCGUGAGCAUCAGCUAGUACAUAUCAUGAACCCGUCCCUGUUUCCGCCAACUUAUCCACCUGAUACACCUUUCGGAAUUCUGCAACAGCAAGCACUUAACGCUACCUCCGGGGUUACAACGGAAACUCCUCAUCCGCUUAUCGCUAUGAUGCAGAAAAGAAAAUAUGAAGACCCCGAGGAGGGAACGGGCAGCGACAACCGUUUAAACUCGGAACAUAACGAGCAACCAAAGGACAAACGUUUGCGAACUACGAUACUUCCGGAACAACUAGACUAUCUCUAUCAGAAGUACCAGAUCGAGUCUAAUCCAUCGAGGAAGAUGCUGGAAACGAUUGCUCGCGAAGUCGGCUUGAAGAAACGCGUGGUACAAGUGUGGUUCCAGAAUACACGCGCUCGCGAACGCAAAGGUCAAUUCCGCGCCCACAGCCAAGUGAUUAAUAAGCGCUGUCCGUUCUGUCCGGCACUGUUCAAGGUAAAAUCUGCCCUAGAAUCUCAUCUCAGCAGUAAACACGCCGAUCAAGUAGCUCGCGGUGAAGUUAACAUUGACAACAUCCCGGAUGAAGAGCUCUCGAUGGAAUCCGCUCCUUCAAAUUCUAGCACUCCUCAUAUGAUGCCACCAUUGUUUCCGCCGAUCAAUAGUGACAUGGAGGCAUCUAUAAAGUCUUUGAAAACCUCUUAUUACGAGGAAAUGAAGCGAUAUUUUAGCGAGUUGGCGCACGCCAGUAAUGGAAAGCAAGAGAUAGUGAAUCAUCAAAUCCUCAGCAACAGCGCCGAGUCACCGUUAGAUCUGAGUAAACCGGUCGAUCUCAGUCGACCUGUGAAACUGACUUUGGGUGGUCUAAGUAGCCUUCUCGAAGAACAACAUGGCUCUCACUUCCGCGGCGGCAGUGACUGCGGACCCCUGACCGAUUUAUCCGAGCGCAGCAUUUGCGAUGACGACAGCAUGAGCGAAACUACGGAAUUCCUAGACGAUGAAAGUGGCCCAGCGAGUCCGGCUUCAAGUACUCAGAGCUCGAGGCAAGGACCCGCUAGCGGAGGCACCAGUGCCUCUGGACCGCCGGUGACCAGUGCACAGUCCAGUGGCGGGAACACCACUAGUCAAUCCGGCGGCAAGCGGUAUCGUACGCAGAUGUCAGGCACCCAGGUGAAAGUGAUGAAGUCGCUGUUCUCGGAUUACAAGACACCGACGAUGGCCGAAUGUGAGAUGCUCGGCCGCGAGAUCGGCCUACCGAAGCGGGUGGUCCAGGUGUGGUUCCAGAAUGCCCGUGCCAAGGAGAAAAAAGCUAGGCUAGCGGCGGGUCUGCCGGCCGAGAGCUCAGCCAUUCAACCGCAUCGUGGACCAACCGGACCAGAUGAAUGCAGAUUGUGCUCUGUACGCUACUCGGCCAAGACCCCGCUGCAGGAACAUGUCUUCUCGCGGCGGCACAUCGAAUCGGUACGCGUCGCCGUCGAAGAAGGCAGUCUGGUACCGCCAACUCCCGGGGCACCGAUCGUGACCGGCGGCGGUGGCAGCGGCAGUGGUGGCGGCGGCGGCGGUCCUGGCAUCAGCAAUUCACCGGUAGUCGCCACUACCAGUCAGCAAAUCAGCCAGCAGCAGCAGUCGGACGAAAAUUUGAUGUACGGAUCCGUGUUCCUACAUCCCACGGCAAUGUUCCAGUCGCAGCAACAGCAGCAGCAGCAUCCCGCCGGUGCUGCGACCAGCGCAGCUAGCACCACUACCGUAGCGGCUGCGGGCUUGAGCGGUGGCCUACUCGGGGGUGGUCUAAUGUCGCUGCACGUGGAGGGCGGCACGCAAGUGCAGGUACCGCGGGCUUUGAUGCAGGCGUUCCUGCAACAGGACCCAAAUCACCCGGGCUUGGAGACGGUACGUCUGCCGUGCGUUCCUGAAGAGACGAACGUCGUGCCGCAGCAGUGCCGCGAGACGGAGAUGGAGCUGUGCCUGGUAUGCCGCCGUUGCGGCCGAGCGUAUCCGCAAGAAUCGACGUUGCUGGCGCAUCAGCGCUCUUGCUACCUGGGCAAUCAGCAACGUCGGGGCGCCCUACGUCUCGUGCAGAUGCGCUAUGCCUGCUCGCUCUGCGAACCUGGCGUCCCGACGCGCACCUACGCUACCGUAAACGAUUGGCGUCGCCACACCGAGACGCUCCAACAUCGUACGCGUCUCGAAGCCGCUCAGCAGCAACAACAACAACAACAGCAACAGUUUGACAGCGGUGCGCAGUCCGGUGAAGAAACGAAUCCGCUCACCGAUGAGAUGGAGGAUGUCGUCAAUCAAAUCACCCUGUUGGCGGCUCGCGCGGCCGCUGAGAGCACGACUAGCGGUCAACCGCAGGUCGGCGAAAGAGCCGGCGGUCAAGACAACAACAACGGGCCUGACGCCAAACGGCAAAAGCUGAUCCAGGAGGUCACCGCCCUCGCCGGGGCACGUUAAGCGCCGCCGAAUUGAGAGCCCCAGGGGUUGGUCUAUCUCUCAUCUCCUCCAGAAACAGGAGGGAUGUGCGCGAUGGCAUCAAAGAUCUGUGGAAGGGGACGCAAGAGGCAGACACAUCGAAGAGAGACGGAAGAGAGACGAGAACCGAUGGACGUCGCUCGGAGAAGGUCCGAUUCGAGGACGUCGCAGUGGACGAGCCAAUGUUCCUAACCGGCGAUGAACGGGCGGCACGGGUGUACAUCUUGGUGGAGCACUCCGUCGCGUCGGGGGCAUCUGCCCUGUGGCGGUAAGAGGGGAGGUAGGCGGGGGAGGCAUUACUACUCUGGCGCGGACGAUGGACUUAGUCGCGAUUGCUGAGCGCGUGAUGAUCCUCUCGUAGUAUUCUUGUUCGUGUAUCGCAUCGUCACCGCGCGUCUCACCCUCCACUGCCUCCCUGCCCCCUGGCCCCCGUCCCCCGAUUCGCCUAUUAUUUUUGUAAUGCGAAUCCCGCGCAGCGCGUGCCGUGAAGUCGCGCGCUCUCCAAAGUUCCUCUCGUAGCACGAAAGAAAGAAAAAAAAAGAUAAAUAAUGAAGAAAGAGAAAAGGGUAGCAAAAAGGACAGAGAGACUCUCGACGAAGACGAGCGUCUAGGUGGAAUCGCCCGGGGGACGAUCGAACAAGCACGAUCGAGAAAUCCAAUCCUCCUUGCCGAUCAACCAACGAUCGAUCGGCCAGCCAUCGGUUCGAUCGGAUCGAGCCGAUCUUUUGGGCCCAUAUCUCGGAGCGAUGCGCGCGGUACAUUUGCAGAAGAGGGUACGAGAAAUCCCUAAUAGGGGAGGAAAAGUGCGUCGUAUGCGACGCGAAAUGACGCGCGUCGAGGUGGGCUAACUUAAACGUUCCUAUGUAAAGUAAUAAUAAAGAUUUAAAGCACACAUACACACACAGAGUUACUAAUGAAAAAGAAGGAGGAACAAGAAGAAACAAGCGGACGCUGCUUAGACGCGGCGUUUAAUAGGAUAGAUGGUGUGCGGUGCGCGAAAUUAAAAAAAACGCCGCCAUCGUUACACAUACGUACGUACAUAUUCAUAUACAUACAUAUUAUAUAUAUAUACAUACAUCUAUAUAUAUAUACACACACGCAUAUAUAUAUAUAUAUAGAUAUUUGACUGUCUCUCUCUAUCACUCUGUUUCUCGUUUUGACGCGCGUGUGCACGGACCUGUGUGUAUGUGUUUGCGCGUGCGUAUGUGUGCAUGUGUGUGUAUGUGUCGUGAAUCGUUCAGCGACUUCGACAGCGAUCGUGAAAAAUGUUAAAUAUAAAAGUGACACCACGCGUAUGCUUUGUAUUCGUCGCGAGUGAGAUAGAGAUGUCCGCGAUUCUCGGGAAAGCGACGAAAGAAUGAAGAAAAAUUCAUAUAACACAAGCAUAUAUAUACACAUACACACAUACUUACUCUCUUUCUGAUUUAUACAUAUUCAUACACACACACAUAUACACACGUGCACAUCGUAUACCACAUGCAUACAUCGGGCUCGGCACGUUUUUUAACGUUCUUCAUUUCCCGUAAUUUGAUAAAACGAGACGUAACAAGACGGCGGACGAAAGGGAAAGACGAUGGUAUAUAAGGCGGUAAUAAACCCCCGGUGCCCGUCGUCGACACGAUUCGCGUGCACGAACGAGCACAAGCAAGACCCACAAACAUGGUUCCUAUAUUUAAUAAAUUAUAUUUAUUAACACUAAACAAAUGAUU